AUGAUUUUAAUAUUUUUCUUGCUUUCGAUUGCGAAAAUUUGCAUUUGCUUUGAUGAUGAGUUUUUGGCGAAAAUCGGCGAUGUUGAGAAUGCCGAAUUGAUCGCGAAACUCAAUGGAUUCGAGAUUGAGAGGAAGCUGCAAUCCUAUGAUGAUUUGUUCAUUUGCCGACAAAGGCAUCAUCGAAAAAAGCGGGCGAUUGAGGAUGAGAUUGUUGAGCAGUUGAUGCUCAGCCAGCAGAUCGAGCUCAUCGAGAAGCUUCGCAAAUUUCGACGAUGUAAAAGGAAGGCGUUUAUGGCUGGAAAACUGCCGACGCACGUGUGGAAUUUGCAACCGUCGAUGAGAAUUCGUGAGGCUUGGAAGGCCGGCUUCAACGCCACACAGGUUACGGUGGCGAUCGUGGAUGAUGGCGUCGACGUUGAGCACGUCGAUCUUCGCCAUUCGUUCACACCAGACGUCUCAUUCGAUUUUGUGAAUUUCGCCAAUCUGCCGGUGCCGAGGCGAAAAUCGAAAGAUUCACAGCAUGGCACCCAGUGCGCCGGCUUGGUGUCAAUGAUGGGCCACCAAUGCGGUCUUGGUGUCGGGCAUGGCGCGAAUUUGGGCGGCAUUCGAUUAUUGGGCAGCGAGCUGCUUGACGAUGCCUUAGAAGGCGACGCAUUGGCAUUCAAAAAGGAUCAUAUUGACGUCUAUUCGAUUAGUUGGGGACCACGCGACGAUGGAACGUCGGCGGAGAAGCCGCAAAAAUUCACGGCGGACGCGAUCGAGUUCGGCGCGAGAAAGGGACGGCGUGGCCUCGGAAAUGUCUUCGUGUGGGCUAGUGGAAAUGGAGGCCGAAACGGCGAUAAUUGUGCACUAGACGGAUAUGUCAAUAACGAAUAUACGUUGAGUUUCGGCGUGGUGAACGCCGACGGCUCUUCGGCGAGCUACGCGGAAGGCUGCUCGGCAGUCAUCGCCGCCGUUUCCGGAGGCGACGCGGCGAUCGCGACGACGGGCUUCAAUCAAACGUGCGCCAGCAUUUCAGGAUCCAGUGCUGGCGCUGCCAUCGCCGCUGGCGUUAUCGCAUUGGCCAUUCAGGCAAACCCAUCGAUGUCUCAACGCGACAUUCAACAUCUGAUAGCGAUCGCCUCGAAUCCGGACGCGAUUCGGAAUGUCGAAUGGCAUCGGAAUGGAGCCGGCUAUCGAUUCAACAGUCAUGUCGGAUUCGGAUUGCUCGACGCUGAGAAGAUGGUAAGGCUCGCCAAACAUUGGGUGGGAAUCGGGCCCGAGUUGGCGUGUCGUGAGGAUUUGGUCCAAACCAACAUCACCGCAUUCCAUUCAAUCGAGCUCGGCGUCCCAUUCAAUGGCUGCUCGGUCGGCCAUAUUGAGCGCGUCGUCGUUGCGAUGAGCCUCAUUCAUUCUCGCCGCGGCCAGCUGUCCGUCUGGCUCCGCAGCCCAACGGGUACGGUAAGCCGAUUGUUGGCUCCGAGACCGCUCGACGAUCAAGCCAAUCUGCUCAAUUGGCAAUUUGUGAGCACCCACUUUUUCGGUGAAUCUCCCGAAGGCGAUUGGAGCGUUCUCGUCAGCUCCGAGACGCCUCUUCAAUUUCGCGUCGAGAACCUAUCGCUGAAAGUGGCGGGAAGUCGAAUUUAUAAAUAA